ACUCUAGGCCACCAUAUGACUUUUUUCUGGACGCGAAAAAUUGCCGAGUUACAGAAUAAGUUAAUUAUAGUGAGUUUAUCGUCGCCUGACCUGCCGUUUUUCGAUGUCCACUUCUUGAGAACUCCCAAUCGGAUAGAGUCGAUGUGCUAGCCAACGGCGAAAUGGCGGGCAUGGAGGUAGAAUUCGACGAGACGGUGGCCAAUCAGUUCAGCUGCAAGCGCUGCGACCGAACCUUCAGAAGCAAGCGGGAUCAGACGUUGCAUCGACAAGAGGUGCACAACCACAACAAGACCACCUACGAGUGCAAGCUGUGCGCGAAGAGCUUCUGCAAUUCGGGGAACCUGGAUCGUCACAUGAAGGUGCACAACGAUGUGCGGCCUUUCGUGUGUAACAUUUGCUCGAAGGCCUUCGCCCAGGCUGUGAACCUGCAGCGCCACUAUGCGGUGCACAGCGGGGAGCGGCCAUUCACCUGUAACUUCUGCAACAAGUCCUUCACCCAGCAGAGCAACAUGAAGCGCCACAAGAUGACACACACUGGCGAGAAGCCGUUCCGCUGCCAGCGAUGCGGCAGGUACUUCUCCCAGCUGGUUAACCUCAAGAAACACAAGCUUGGCCACCUCAACGCCAAGCCCUACCAGUGUAAUUACUGCGAGAAGGGCUUCACCCAGCUGUCAAACUUUAAGCGCCACUUGCAGUCGCACAUAAAGGAGGGCGUCGAUGUGGACGUGCCCGCCUCUAUCCAGGCGGCUGCCGCCCUGGCCAGGGAACGGCUUGAGUCGGAGCAGAAACCAAGCUUUUUCGAAUGCAUGGUGUGUCGGGCCAUCUUUGAUACCUUCGCUGACUAUGAGAAGCACGAAGCCAAGUGCCAUGAGGACCACGAAAGGGCCCAGCUGGAGGUUAACCAGAUGUCCCACAUGCAUCCAGACGACUAUUUGCCCAUGAAGUUUGCCGUGCCCGAUCUGGAUACGCACGAAAUCAUAAUUGAGACUACACAUUAGAAAUGGCAAUAAUUUUAAAUGAAAUACCACGAAAACACACAACCCAACUCACACCUAAACAUACAAAUAGCGGCGAUUCCGACGGAAAGAUGGAAUGUGAAGAAUAUUGCAUUGAAUAUACAGAUAUGAAUAUAUAUGCAGGCCAACAUAGUUCUCCAUUGAAUUACACCAAUAAAUGCAAUAAAUAUGCAGAUAACCAAUGCGAAUCCUUCGCUAUCCCUGUUGCUAAUCGAUCCGAUCUCUGUUGACAUUGUUGCGUGAAUCAGGCUAACCCGUCGAUUUACGGACCCUAAAGACGUUUUAACUGCACCCUUUAUGAUGUGCCAUUUUAUGAGCAUAUGUAUGAUAUUCGCUGGAUUUUCCCGAGUCACAUCAUCAAUUCUCUCGUUCGCAAGUCCCAAAACCUCACACUUGUCAGGCCAACAUUCUUGCGUCAUUAAUGUGACAAAUAUGUUUGCCCAAAUAGUCACGUUACCACUCACUGUUGUUCGUUAAGUUCGAAGAAGAAAGGUAAAGGAAUCGCCCGAUGGGUCUAUAAUUUAUACAUGUGAUUUCUCGACUAUUUGAUUGAAACUAAUUAAAGGCACGUUCCUGACUUGUUUACCCGCCAGCAGUCAUGGAGCAAUAAUUGAUCGCACAGUCCUUGCUAUCAGCAUCCACCGCUCGCUCUGACCAUGUCCUUGUGGCCUUCGCAGUCAUCGUUUUUGCGGCACUAAAUCAAACUAUUUAUACAUCUGACUCCCCGGACUACUCACACUUCCGCUCGCACAGGGAAAUAAUAUUUCAUGUCCACAUCGUCGUCCUGCCACAUUUUCUGGCUGUGCAUGUGUGCGCCUGGUUCAAUUGGCAUGCGGC